UGCAGCAUGCCGACCGAUACGAAGCGUGUCCGCGGCCCUGAGGUAUCCCAGAGCCCGUCUCUGUUCCUCUGCCACCCGGCAGCGGUGGUUCUCCCCUCGCAGGGGCCCAGAGCGGACGGCCGGCAGCGGGACCAGGUGGACGUGCGGCCGGUGUUCGUGCGGUGCGGCCUGGUGAGCCAAGCUAAAGGCUCCGCGUACAUCGAAGCUGGAAACACCAAGUUGAUGUGCUGCGUUUACGGACCCCGGGAAACGGAGCGAAAAGAUGAGACCGAUAUGAAAUGUGGAAGAUUAACGACCGACAUGCGCUUCGCUCCAUUCUCCUGCCCUGAGAGGGGCUCCUGGAUUCAAGGGAGCCAGGACAAAGACUUCUCCCUGAUGCUACACGAGAGUCUCCAGCCGGCCGUGUGCCUUCACAAAUACCCCCGCUCUCAGAUCGAGGUCAAUGUGAUGGUUCUGGAGAACAGCGGCUCGGUCCUGGCCCAUGCAGUCACAUGUGCUUCUCUUGCUCUUGCGGAUGCGGGGAUCGAGAUGUACGAUCUGGUGCUGAGUUGUUCCAUCCGACAGGACGGCAGCUCUUACAUGGCUGAUCCCUCCUACGAGGAGGAAAACUACAGCAGCUCGGUCAGUGGUGAGAACCAGGGUCGUCUCACUGUCGCCUUCCUCCCCAGUCUGAACCAGAUUUCUGGACUGCAGUCAGACGGAGAAAUGACCCAAGAGACUCUGACAGCUGGGGUUCGAGCCUGCAUCGAGGGCUGCUAUAAACUGUACCCGGUGGUCCAGCAAGCGCUGGCCAAGGCUGUGCGUAAGGCUGCCCCCCCACCGUCAGAGAGCUGAGAGCCAGAACAGCUCAGUAGCUUUUCUCCAGUACUGGCUUUGAAAACUUGAAAGUUUUCUACUAUUUCCUCUCACUGUAAUACUAACUUUCCAAU